GAAUGGAAUCCACACAGCGCGCAUUCCUGAGCAGGCGGAGGGGCUGCUGGGACUUGUUUUGGCUCAGGCCGCUGCGGAUUCUUCAUUCACUCGCACACAAAAGUGACUCUUCCCCCGCGCGCCUAGCCCGUCUUCUGCUCCCUCUCCCUUUUCAGUGGCGGCCGCCAGGUGUGUGUUUGUCUGUGAAAGAGAUGAGUAGGCCAGAGUAUGGGCGAGAGGCGGAGGAGGGGUUAUAAGGAACCAGGCGAGAAUGAAAAGAAAGAGCAGGCAGGCAAGGAAAGGCGAAGCACAAUAAACGGCGGCGGGGUGGGGAGGAGAGUUGGUAAACGGCUCUGCUCCUUCUUCUGGUUUGGGAGCUUACUCCUUGGGAUGCGAUCUUGUGGAGUCAAUUAGGCCGUCAGCUGAGAGGCUCAAGCCAUGCUUAAGGUAUUCCAAACUUCCUGGAAAGUGAGAUGGCCUACGGAUGCAUAUUGUAACUACUGGGGAAACACAGAGAAGAAUUCAGAAAGGGAGAAGUUUUUUUUCCUGGGCUGGUGCUCUCUGUGACUCUUCGGCAUGACAGGGCCUGAGGAGAUAGCUGGCCAGAUCCAAAGCCCCUCAGAGGCAGAAGAGGAAGAAGGGGCACUGUGGGAGAAGAUUGAGAGUGUUCGACACCAGCUAACCCGCUCUUUGAACCCAGCAAAGCUGACCCCGUACCUGCGCCAAUGUCGCGUGAUUGAUGAGCAGGAUGAAGAGGAAGUGCUGAGUGCCUAUCGGUUUCCAUGCAAGAGCAACCGGACAGGACUCCUCAUGGAUAUCCUUCGAAGCCGUGGGAAGCGAGGCUACGAAGCAUUCCUAGAAUCCUUGGAGUUCUAUUACCCAGAACAUUUCACCCACUUGACAGGGAAGCAGCCUGUUCAGCGAUGCUCUAUGAUUCUGGAUGAGGAGGGUCCUGAAGGCCUGACUCAGUUCCUGAUGAUGGAGGUGAAGAAGGUAAGGGCUCAGCAGAAAGGACAUCUGGCAAAGGAACACCAACUCCAGGUGAAGAACCGGGCCUUAGAGGAGGAGUGUGCCCAGCUGAAGCAGCAUCUCCAGGAGCUGCAGAAGGUGCAGGAACGUUGCCAGAGGUUCCAGGAAGAGUGGGAUUCUAACAGCAUGGAGCUGUUGAGGCUGAAGGAUGAAAACUAUAUGCUGGCUGUGCGUUAUGCACAGCUCUGUGAGGAGAAAAACACUGCUGUCUUCCGAAGCCGGGACCUGCAACUGGGGGUAGACCAGUUGAAAUGCAAGGUCAGCAGCAUGGAGGAAGAGUGCUCCCUAUUGAAGAAGCAGACAUUGGCGGCUCCCCAGAGAGAGGUGGAGGAUCAUGGCCUCAUUGACACCAUCUGUGAGUUGCGAGCAGAGAACCAGAGACUGAGAGCUUCACUUCAGGAGCUGCAAAGCACGGUCCAGCCAGCAGGUGAAAGCCAAGUGCCAGGCUCUGAGAGGAUCCUUCUAGACAUUUUGGAGCAUGACCGGAAAGAAGCGCAAGCUGACCGGCAAGAACUGUGCCAGAAAUUAGACUCUGUGCAAAAUGAGCUGCAGUGGGCUGAGGGGCUGAGAGAUAAGUAUCUGCAAGUUAUGGAGGAUCUGCAACUGAGGUACCAGACUCUGCAGAAGAAUUGUGACCUGUACAAACACAGAAUGAAUACUGUGCUGGCUCAAUUAGAGGAGAUUGAGAAGGAAAGAGAUCAGGCAAUCCAGAGCCGAGAAGGCAUUCAGCUGCAAUACUCACAAAGCCUCAUUGAGAAGGACCAGUGCCGCAGGCGUGUUCGGGCCUUGGAGGAAGAGAAGGGCGAGUUACUGAGCAAGCUUACGCAGGCUGAGGGCAAGAUUGGCACAUUAGAGGUGCAGCUGCAGCGCUGUCAUUGCACCAGGGGCUUGGGCAAGAAGGUGUGUUCCUCCUCCUAUUCGCUCUGUUCCAUCCUAAGCAGCACUUGGAGUGUGAUCGAGAAGCCUUCUUCCCUAGAGGGUGGUGUUGUCGAUACCCCAGGCGUCCUGGACAUCGUCUUCCCUGACGACUCUGUAAGCCAGAAUGAGGAAGUGACUCCAGACAGAGAGAGAGAAAUAAACCGCCUUUCCAUCUUUCCCUUCCCACCCUGUGCUGGCUCCAUUCUUCGACGGCAGCGGGAAGAUGGACCGACUCCCAUCAAGAGUCAGUCUUGUGGGUCCUUUGGCAGCAUGGAAGACUUAACAGGAAGUGUUACCACAACUCUCUCGUCCGUCAGAUCACCAUCCUCUUCCAGCAGUGCUCACACCAGGGCAAAGUCGGAAACAUGCUUGCCUAGGACCUCUGACCAGCCGGAGUUUGCCCGGAGAUCUGUUGUGGUGCAUUUGUCUAGCACGGGCAACCUGGGCAUUCCAGCACCCCAAAGCAGGGGUCUUACUGGGGACAUCUCUAUCCUUGGAGGAAACAGAACCGGGAUUUACAUCCAGUGGGUGAAGCCAGGCUCAGAAGCCGAGAGCGCAGGACUCAGAGAGGGAUGCCGACUUCUAGAGCUUAGGGGGACACAGCUAAAUGGGGAGGUGCUCUCUCUGGAGAACUGCACACGGGAGGUAGCUUACCUGAGUCUGUUGCACUGGGAUGAUCCAUCUGCUCUUCUCUUUGUACCUGAUAUGAGAGGGUACCAGCCUCUCAAAGAAGCAUUGGAUGCUGGGAAGAAGGUUCCUGGCGACUCGUUCUAUGUGCGCACCAACCUGAGCCUCCUAGAUUUUGCGGACCCUUAUGCCCUGUGCGUGAAGCACCGGGAGAUCCUUCAUGUGACCGACACUAUGCACAAGGGGCGGUUAGAAUGGUACGGUGCCCGAGUGGACCCCUUCACCCUCCGGGACUUGGACAGGGGCACGGUACCUAACUACAGCAGGGCUCACCAGCUCUUGAAGAUACAGGAGAAAGGUCAAGCAGUGGCCCAGCAAAAAGGCUGCAAGACAAAGCUGAAGAAACGGGCCCUGUACCAGCUUCACCUGGUGAAACAUAAGCAGCAGUGGGGGCAGGAUGAGGCCCCUUGGCAAGGCCCUUGUCCAGAUGGAAUAGCAAAACCCUACAGUCCAGUGUGCCCUCUGGUGGUUCAGACCCGACGUCCCGUCAUGCUGUCGCCUGGCUGCUUAGCAUCAUGUCUCAUUAGGAACCUUCUGGAUCUCCCUUCCUCACAUCAGGAUUUUUGCUUGUGCCUGCCUGAUCCCCUUGCUGACCAAAGGCUCCCUUCUGCCUCCUCCAAGAAUAUUCUUAAUGUUGACGAGAUCUCUGGAAGCCAGAGGGACUGUGGGAAAAUCCAUGCUAUCCAGGAGGCGAUUGGAAAGAACAAGCACUGCCUGUUGGAGCUGGAGGUCCAGGUGGUGAGGGACCUAAUUAAGAGUGAAAUAUAUCCCAUCGUUAUCCACGUCAAGGUCACGGAGAAGAACAUCAGGGGAGUCAGGAGCUUGCUAGGGAAGCCGGGGCAGCGAGAUUCGGAGGUGCUGAAGCAGUGCCGGAAGGCGGAGUGGGCUCUUCACACUUUGCCUUCUUUGUGGGCCUGGGUGGAUCCUCAGUCCUGGGGUAGUGUGGAGGAGCUGGUGAAGUUGGUGCAGGCCCACAUCUUCCAGGAGCAGACCAGGAUCGUGUGGGUCGAGGAGCAUGAUAUGUGAUUGGUGCUGUGGAGGCAUCUGCAAGCAGAAGAGUAGCCUCUGCAGGACAGGAGCUUUGGAGCCCCGGCUCAUUAAGGUUCUCCCAGACGCAUGAUUUCAUUCCACACGUCCUAUGCAUGUAGCCCUACAUGCGAUUCCUUUGUGGUCCAAUUGUUCCUUGACCUGCGAACGGGAGAAAAGUGCUACUACAUUUCACUGCCUCCUAAGUCUUUCUAACUUAACCAGUUGCCCAGUCAUCAGCCUCCACUCUCACAGGCCCUUCCUCAUUUCCUGUGUUCUCAGUGGCUCUUGUCACAGCAUCUGCGUGUAUGUGUGACAGGGGAAGGGUUUCAUUUGCACAUGCAUGUAGACAUGCAACAUCUCUCAGCAACAGUAAGUGGGCUUGGGAGACAUCCUCCUGGAGCUUUAGUGUGUAUACAUUAUUUAUGAGUCCUUUUUAUCACAGGCUGACGUAUGAAAAGAGAAUUAAAUGGCAUU